AUGUCUUCAGAUAUAAUAACAUUGCUAAAGCUGGACAAAAGUUUGUCCAGUAGAGUGGUUGUAGUGAAAGAAAUUAACAAAUGUGAUAGUUCAUUCAUUACCAGUUGUUUGAUAAACUACUGCAUCAAGAAUAAGACUGCUGUUGUUAUAGUGUCAACACACAAUUCCCUGCAACACUAUCAAAAUGUUGGCCUUAAAAUGAACUACAACUUGCAAAGAUAUGUGGACACAGGAUUAAUACAUUAUUUUAACAUUGGUGAAUACUGCAUAAACAGUUUACUUAAUGACAGUAAAUUGCCUGAACUUUUCGUGGAAGUUAAAGAAAAAAUAUUGUUGAUGCGACAGAAGCAUGAAGCAGUUAAUGUUAUUGUGGAUGGUGUUUCACAUUUCUUUGAUUUAGAUUAUACUCUGAAAGAAGUAAAUAUGUUUUUCAAAGAGUUGAUUCCAUUUGUUACUAACUACAAUAAUUCAUUUGUUGUUUGUCACUGCAAUGAAGCACAUGAGGAUGAUGUAACAUGUGUUAUGUCUAAUCUAUUAAUGCACAAAGCUUACACUGUGCUAGAGGUUGAGAAUCUAACCUCAGGCUGGAGUGCUGAUGUAUCAGGACAUCUGACUGUAAAGUAUCCAGGACUCAAGUAUGACAAUGAACAUUUGUAUGUUAUGGACAUAAAACCUUCCCGGUAUCUUUUUAAACUAUUUGAUAGAGGUGUUAAACUAUUUGCACCUGGCACUGUGUAA